CUAACAAGUCGACAACCCUCUUCUACAGUUCUACUUCCUCCUCAACAAUUUCCAAAACUCCCGUCCGUCCUAACUGGGGCGCCAAAAACCCCAAUAAUCAAAAAAGCAUCUCCGGAUAAUAAAAUAAUUCUCUCUUCUCUUCGUAUCUAUCUGUAUAUCUAUCUGUGUAGUCUACACAAAUUCGGUCGUUCUCGUUACAGUUCCGUUUCUGGGGUUCCGAAUCGAAACAUGGAACUUCAGAACACUGUGAAAAAUGCCCUAAACGCACUCUACCAUCACCCAGAGGACACGAUUCGUAUGCAGGCUGAUCGGUGGCUUCAAGACUUUCAACGUACCAUCGAUGCGUGGCAGGUUGCUGAUAAUUUGCUUCAUGAUUCAAGUAGCAAUCUUGAAACCUUAAUAUUUUGUUCUCAAACUCUUAGAAGCAAGGUACAACGGGAUUUUGAAGAACUUCCUUCUGAGGCAUUUAGUCCAUUGCGGGUUUCUUUAAAUACCUUAUUAAAAAAAUUUCAUAAAGGCCCUCCUAAAGUCCGGACUCAGAUUAGCAUUGCAGUAGCUGCCCUGGCUGUGCAUGUUCCUGCGGAAGAUUGGGGAGAUGGUGGUAUUGUUAAUUGGCUUAAGGAUGAGAUGAGUUCUCAUCCUGAAUAUGUACCGGGAUUCUUGGAGCUACUGACAGUCUUGCCCGAGGAAGUAUUUAACUACAAGAUAUCAGCUCGCCCUGAAAGACGGCGCCAAUUCGAAAAAGAGCUUACAUCCCAAAUGGAAGUUGCUCUUGGUAUUUUGACUGCUUGUUUGGAAACUAGUGAGCUAAAGGAGCAGGUUCUAGAGGCAUUUUCUUCUUGGCUUCGACUAAGGCAUGGGAUUCCUGGUUCUGUCCUUGCUUCUCACCCGUUAGUGCUCUCUGCUCUCUCAAGCUUAAAUGCUGAACUACUUUCAGAGGCAUCUGUAAAUGUCAUUUCAGAAUUGAUACACUACACUGCAGCAGGAAGCUCUGGUGGUAUUUCAGUGCAGAUUCCCUUAAUUCAAGUGAUUGUGCCGCAAGUAAUGAGUUUGAAAGCUCAACUUAGAGAUCCUUUAAAGGAUGAAGAAGAUGUGAAGGCAAUUGCACGAUUAUUUGCUGACAUGGGCGACUCGUAUGUGGAAUUGAUUGCAACUGGUUCGAAUGAGUCAAUGUUGAUAGUGCAGGCAUUACUAGAAGUUGCUUCUCACCCUGAAUAUGAUAUCGCUUCAAUGACCUUUAACUUUUGGCACAAUCUUCAGGCUAUUUUAACUAGAAGAGAUUCAUAUACGGUAUUUGGUAAUGAAGCGUCUAUUGAAGCUGAGAGAAAUAGGAGGCUGCAAGUUUUUCGUUCGGCAUAUGAGUCACUUGUGUCCCUGGUUAGCUUCUGGGUUCAAUAUCCCCAAGAUUAUCAAGGCCUUUCAUAUGAGGACCUCAAGGAUUUCAAACAUACUAGAUACGCUGUUGCGGAUGUAUUAAUUGAUGCAGCAUCAAUUUUGGGUGGUGAUGCAACCUUGAGAAUCCUUUAUAUGAAGCUUGUUGAGGUGGUAUCUUUAUGUGAGAAUGAGCACGGCGAAUGGCGUCCUGCUGAGGCUGCUUUAUUUUGCAUUCGGGCUAUAUCAAGUUACGUUUCCAUUGUUGAAGCUGAAGUAAUGCCUCAGGUUAUGAUCUUGCUUCCCAAACUUCCUCAACAGCCACAGCUGCUUCAGACUGUAUGCUUAACAAUUGGAGCAUAUUCGAAAUGGCUUGAUGCUGCAUCGAGUAAAAUUUCUAUACUGCCAACAGUCAUAGACAUUCUAAUGAGAGGCAUGGGUACAUCAGAAGAUUCAGCAGCUGCUGCAGCUAUGGCAUUCAGACAUAUUUGUGAUGAUUGCAGGAGACAGCUUUGUGGGUAUUUUGAUUCCUUAUUCCCCAUAUACCAUAAGGCAGUAAAUGGGGAAGGUAGCAUCAAAGUUUCUGCUGAAGACUCAUUGCAUCUAGUUGAAGCUUUAAGCAUGGUCAUCACCCAACUUCCUCCUGAUCAUGCUAAGAAGGCUGUGGAGGCAUUAUGCAUUCCUGUUGUUAAUCCUUUGCAGGAUUCUAUCAAUCAAGGUCCAGAAAUAUUGGAAAAGAAGCCUGCUCGUGAGUUAACUGUUCAUAUUGAUCGACUUGCAUACAUAUUUAGGUAUGUAAAUCACCCUGAAGCUGUUGCAGAUGCUAUUCAAAGGCUAUGGCCGAUUUUCAAAGCUGUUUUUGAUCUCCGUGCUUGGGACGUGAAGACCAUGGAGUCUCUUUGUCGAGCUUGCAAAUAUGCUGUGAGAACAUCUGGGAGGUUCAUGGGGAUAACUAUUGGGGCCAUGCUGGAAGAGAUUCAAGGCCUAUAUCUACAGCACCAUCAGCCAUGUUUUCUUUAUCUCUCUAGUGAAGUUAUAAAGAUAUUUGGUUCUGACCCAUCUUGUACAGACUACCUAAAAAAUUUGAUUGAAGCCCUCUUUAGGCACACGACGUGUCUUCUCACAAAUAUCAAGGACUUUACUUCCAGACCAGACAUAGCAGAUGACUGUUUUUUGUUAGCAUCGAGAUGCAUACGCUAUUGUCCACAAAUAUUUAUCCCAUCUGCCAUUUUUCCGCCUUUAGUAGAUUGUUCAAUGAUCGGGAUUACUGUACAGCAUAGAGAGGCAUCAAAUUCGAUAUUGAUCUUCCUGUCUGAUAUAUUUGAUCUUGCUAAGUCUAGCAAGGGAGAACACUAUGUGUCUAUCAGAGAUAGCGUAAUAAUUCCUCGUGGAGCCAGCCUUACAAGAAUUUUGGUUGCUUCUAUAGCAGGAGCACUCCCAAGUUCUCGGUUAGAAACGGUUACUUAUGCGCUAUUAGCUUUGACUCGAGCAUACGGGUUGCAAUCACUGGAGUGGGCAAAGGACAGUGUUUCUUUAAUACCUUUGACAGCUGUAACAGAAGUAGAGCGUUCCAGAUUUAUACAUGCAUUAUCAGAUGCAGCAUCUGGGAAAGACAUCAAUAUCAUGAUGACUCCAAUUGAAGAGCUCUCUGAUGUUUGUCGCCGAAAUCGAACAGUUCAAGACAUUGUCCAAGGAGCUUUGAGACCGCUUGAGUUGAAUUUGGUUUGUGUCUGAUAAAAGGAGGGUAACAUAGAGGGGCAGGUUUUAUUAGGCUUCUCCUGUUGUCAAAUGAAUUCACUAUAUGCAUUCAUCAUUAUGUAUUUUAUCAUUCUCCAAUUUUUUUCAGAGGAGAAUAUUUAUCAGGUUGUCCUGGGAGUGGGAGUGGGAGUGGGAGUGGGAGUGGGAGUGGGAGUGAGAGUGGGCGUCUAUUGUAUCUUAUUCAAUGAGAUGCACAAUUUAUUGGUGGUUUCAACGACAAUUACUUCAGUUUUUAGGGUGAACUACGAUGGUAUUAAGUUGUAAUUUUUUGUGCAGGGGGCUUUGGUUGGUUUGUUGGUGGGAUGGCAGGGUUCCUCAUCCUAUUUUACAUUUACAUUUAGUGUUGAUUUCUAAAAUCCCAA